AUGCCCUCGGUAUCCACACAGGAACCAUGGCCACUAGAGCAGGGACAGCAGCAGCACCUUCAACAACAGCAAUUACAACAACAACAGCAGCAACAACAACAGCAUUUUCAAUUACAACAGCAACUAGAACAACAACAUCAGGCACAGCUGCAAUACCAACAACAGCAGCAACAGCACCAGCAACAGGUGAACUUCCUGGAACGAAAGCUGAGCAAGAGGACGCGACUCGAGACAGAGGAGGACAUGUCGGUGGAUGCAGCCGCAGCAGGUCAAUCGUUCAUAGGAUUUGACAGCCAGUCGGAGCAACAACAUCAGAGCUCAUGGGCCGGAGCUGGUGCUGCUAUGGAUGGCAGCGGCCAGCACCAUCAUCCACAGUUUAUUCCGACGGGCGGCAUGCACUCUGGACAAUCCGACCCCAAGAGGCGCAAAGGCGAUUGGUCCGAGGGCAGUGGGUCUUUGAGCGGCGCCGCUGAAGGAAUGGACACCCCCAUGGAGAUUGCCUAG